AUGACAUCUGAUGAGAAUGAUAGUUGUAGCGAAACCGUGAUUCUGUCACUUGAAGAAGAGAAAGGACAACAACAGAGAAAAACCAUCUUUGAUGCAUGUCGAGAGCCAUUUAGAGCACCUUGGUUUAUCACCAUUAUGGGCACUGGUAUGGCCUCAACAAUCCUACUCAACUUUGCAUACCCGUCACACUGGCUCAAGAUCUGUGGACAUGUGAUGUUUGGGUUCUGUUCGCUAUGCCUUUUGAUGACAAUGCUGCAUUUUGUCAACACGCUUAUCAGAUACCCCGAUAUGAGAUCUGAGUUUACAUUCCAUCCAUCAAAUGCUCCAUUCAUGGGAUGCCUCGCAAUGGGGUUCUCCUCCUGGGUCAUCGCACUCCAUAGCAUCUGUGACGGCAGAGCACCAAUAUUCUUCUACGUCCUGUGGUGGAUCUCAAACAUUGCUUCCCUAUAUACAGCAUGGGUAAUACCCUUCUUCUUCAUGCAGAGGUCCACUGUGAAGAUAAGCGAACUGUCAGUCACUCUGCUCCUACCCUUGGUUUCUCUCACCGUGACAGCCUCUUGUGGCGGGAACAUCGUCCCUAGCUUACCAGAGAGCUUGAAACUCUCCACCACAAUUCUAUGUUUUCUACUAUGGGCAAAUGCAAUGACUGUGAGCUUUAUCUUUCUCACAAUCUAUACGUAUAGGCUCUUGUUUUACAGAUUCCCUGCAAAGGGUGCCAUCUUCACGUCUUUUAUUCCAAUUGGAUUUCUGGGACAAGGUGCGUUUGCAGUUCAACUGUGUGGUGUUAACUUUUACAAUUACACGCUGGAAACUCAGGUUGACGAUGCUCAAGUUGCACAGCUAUUACACUGGGUUUGUGUACUAGCAGCUCUCUUCCUGGAAUCUGCUGGUUUCUUCUUGACAUUCUUCGCAUUUGCAUCUGUUUUGUCGUAUGGCAAACAUAAGUUCCACUAUGGCUUCUGGGCAAUGACGUUCCCUCUGGGAACAAUGCACCAUGCCACGAGAGUCACUGGCGAACUAACGGGAUGGACAACGUUCAGCGUAAUCGCAAGUAUAUACGGUGCCAUGUCCGUUCUGUGGACAAUCCUUUGUUUGUGUGGCUCCACAUAUGACGUUUAUACCUGGUUCUUCCCACCAAACAGUGAAAGGAAUUGA